CGAAAAAAGGCGUUCCCGGUGGGACGGACUAUAUGGUUCUUUGUCAUUUGGUGUAUCAAACUGAAAAAAUACAAAUGAAUAGAAAUUGCAUAACUCGUGAAAGUUUGUGAGAUAUUUGAAAUAUUUAGUAAAAAGGAACAGUGCCUACUACCUAAAAGAACAAUGUCUCGAUGCAAACAUUUGACACUUCCAGUUUACAAACUGUUAUUUGGAACUAUUUUGUUCACCUCAUUUCUGAUGUUAGCAGUCUGGUUUGUGGUCAUGGAUGGAUCAAUAAUAAAAUAUACACACAUUUCCCUCGACAACACUUCAAGAGCGUCAGAGUUUACUGGAAGAAUUAAUUGUAUAGAAGAGAAUAUCUGCAAGUCACCAAUUGGCGAAGAGUAUUACGUAUACAGACGUAAUGAGAAAACAUUCAAACAAAUGCUGAGCUCUUCGGUUGAUACAAAUAGGAAAAUCAUUCACAAUAAUAGAGUUAUUCCCCCUUUAGUGCACUUCACAUGGUAUGGUGGAACCCAGAAAAAUCAUUUCAGAUUUCAUCAUUUACUAAGCGUUUUGGCUGUUCAAAAGUUCGUGAAACCAAAACGUAUAUUUCUGUGGUUUGAUCUAAUUCCAGAAGGUGAUCAUUUAAUUGAAUUACAGGAUAAGGUUCCACAAUUCAUUCCAGUCUACCGUAAAUCACCAAAACAGAUCUACGGCUGGCCAGUUAGUACCCCAGAACUCAUAUCGGAUAUCAUAAGACUGGAAGCGGUUUUAGAGUAUGGGGGAAUGUACUUCGAUCUGGAUGUCAUUGUUGUAAAACCACUAGACCCUUUACUUAAAUAUGAAGUAGUUAUGGGAUAUGAAUCAGCAGGUAGACUUUGUAAUGGUAUAAUUAUUGCGGUAAAAUGGCCAGAAUUCCUUAAAAUGUGGCACAAGCAGUACAAAACAUUUGAUGACAAAGAUUUGCAGUUUCAUUCAUGUGAAGUCCCCGCUGUGCUGGCCAAAAAUUAUCCACAGUUAAUACAUACGGAAGAGAAAUCGUUACACAGGCCUAACCCAACAGAAGUGAACCAGCUCUAUGAAGUGGGAAAUCUCUAUGACUGGAGAACGAAUAAUUACGCCAUGCGUUUGUGGAUUGAACAACACAAAAUAGAACAUAACCCUACCGAUAUCAAAACAUGGAACACAACUGUUGGAGCUAUUUUCAGAUACAUAUACUAUGGUAAUUCUGCAAUUACCACCACUACACCGCAGCCUGUGAAACAAAUUUCUACACGCAAUUCUGCCACCACUACACCGCAACAAAUUUCUACACGCAAUAAAUAUAACAAUAAUUUAUGCCUGGAAAUAAACAUAUGCAAGGAAGGUAUCAAAAUGGACUACUACACCUACAAUAGGAACGAUACCUUUAACAAACUGUUACAUUCAAAAAUUAAUUUCAACCAUGAUAUAGAACACAAGGAACGAGUUAUCCCAAGUCUGGUUCACUUCACCUGGUAUGGAGGCAAACAGAAAAACCAAUUUCGGUUUCACCACAUGUUAGCAGUUUUAGCUGCACACACAUUUAUAAAGCCUGCCAGGAUAUUCUUGUGGAUUGAUAUGGUUCCGGAAGGAAACUACUUCGAGGAAACUCGACAGAAAGUUCCAGAACUCUACCUCAUUCACAGGGAAACUCCAACACAAAUCUACGGUCGACCAGUCAAAGUAUCUGAACACCACACGGAUAUUGUGCGUCUUGAGGCCGUUUUGGAAUAUGGAGGAAUUUACCUUGAUCUGGACACCAUGGUCGUGAAACCACUGGAUUCAUUAUUGAACUAUGAAGUGGUGAUGGGAUACGAGCACGAAAAUGGUUUGUGUAAUGGCGUGAUCAUCGCAGUAGCUUGGGCUGACUUUUUGAAGAUAUGGCACUUAGAAUACAAAUCGUUUCAAGAUAAACAAUGGGCAGAACAUUCAGUCCAUCUGCCAGCCGUGUUGGCUAGGAAACACAAAAACCUGAUUCAUACGGAGGAAAGAUCUUUUCACCGACCAAACUGGGAAGAUAAUGAUCUACGCCAGCUUUAUGAAGUAGGGCAAAUCUACGACUGGAAGACAAACAACUAUAUUGUCCAUUUGUGGAUUAGAAAACACGGAAUAGAACACAACCCAGAAGACAUAAAAACUUGGAACACUACCGUUGGCCAAAUUUUCAGAUAUAUUUAUUAUGGAAGAAUUAAUUGUAUAGAAGAAAAUAUCUGCAAGUCACCAGUUGGCGAAGAGUAUUAUGUGAAAGACGUAAUGACAAAACAUUCUAACAAAUGCUGAGCUCUCCGGUUGAUACAAAUCGGAAAAUCAUUCACAAUAAUAGAGUUAUUCCCCCUUUAGUGCACUUCACAUGGUAUGGUGGUCCCCAGAAAAAUAAUUUCAGAUUUCAUCAUUUACUAAAUGUUUUGUCUGUUCAAAAGUUUGUAAAGCCAAAACGUAUAUUUCUGUGGUUUGAUCUAAUUCCAGAAGGUGAUCAUUUAAUUGAAUUACAGGAUAAGGUUCCACAAUUCAUUCCAGUCUACCGUAAAUCACCAAAACAGAUCUACGGCUGGCCAGUUAGUACCCCAGAACUCAUCUGAUAUCAUAAAACUGGAAUCGGUUUUAGAGUAUGGGGGAACGUACUUCGAUCUGGAUGCCAUUGGACGUCCCCGCUGUUCUGGAAAAAAACUAUCCACAGUUAAUACACACGGAAGAGAAAUCGUUACACAGGUCUAACCCAACAGAAGUGAACCAGCUCUAUGAAGUGGGAAAUCUCUAUGACUGGAGAACGAAUAAUUACGCCAUGCAUUUGUGGAUUGAACAACACAAAAUAGAACACAACCUUACCGAUAUCAAAACAUGGAACACAACUGUUGGAGCUAUUUUCAGAUACAUAUACUAUGGUAAUUCUGCAUUACCACCACUACACCGCAGCCUGUGAAACAAAUUUCUACACGCAAUUCUGCCACCACUACAUCACAACAAAUUUCUACACGCAAUAAAUAUAACAAUAAUUUAUGCCUGGAAAUAAACAUAUGCAAGGAAGGUAUCAAAAUGGACUACUACACCUACAAUAGGAACGAUACCUUUAACAAACUGUUACAUUCAAAAAUUAAUUUCAACCAUGAUAUAGAACACAAGGAUCGAGUUAUCCCAAGUCUGGUUCACUUCACCUGGUAUGGAGGCAAACAAAAAAACCAAUUUCGUUUCACCACAUGUUAGCAGUUUUAGCUGCACACAUAUUUAUAAAGCCUGCCAGGAUAUUCUUGUGGAUUGAUAUGGUUCCGUAAGGAAACUACUUCGAGGAAAUUCGACAAAAGUUCCAGAA